UUGUUGUACGAAGACAAGACUUUUUGUUUCGUGUAGAAAAAUGUUGUAAAAUAUAUUAACACUGUAACUGCAAUUAAAAUGAAGCCUUUAAUUGAUUUCGAUGAAUGUUUAAGAGAUUCCCCAAAAUUUAGGGAACAGCUGGAAACGGAAGAAUCUAGUAUUGAUGGUUUAGAGCAGAAACUUGAUAAAGUUCUCAAGACAUGCUCUUUCAUGAUAGAAUCCGGUAAAACAUACAUGACUCAUAGGAGUGCUUUUACAAAUGCACUAUGGGACUUGAGCAGUAGUUUUUCUGAGGAUCCACCUGUCAUGGCAACCCUGAAUCGUAUGAUACAUGCAUUGCAAGAAAUGAAUAAGUUCCACUCAAUACUGCUAGACCAGGCAUCUAGGACUGUACUCAAGAAUCUCUCGGCAUUUAUUAAAAUAGAUAUAAAGGGUGUGAAAGAGAGCAAGCAUCAUUUUGAUAAAAUAUCAAAUGAUCUGGACAUAGCUUUAAUAAGAAACUCGCAGGUGUCUCGUCACAAAACCAGCGAUGUGGAGGAAGCGGUUAACCUUUUGCUUGCCACCCGCUCUUGUUUCCGACAUACCGCACUCGACCAUGUACAGAAGAUCACGAUGCUGCAAGCUAGAAAGCGACAUGAGAUAUUGGCAACAUUUUUAUCAUACAUGCAAGCUUGCUGUACAUAUUAUCACCAAGGAGCUGAUUUAUCUGAAGAUUUGGAACCCUUUCUAAAAUCAACAGCAGACGAGGUGACGACAAUGCGUGGUAGUACCAAAGCGCUGGAUAAAGAAAUGGAAAACCGGCAUACGAUAGUGAACAGUCAAGAUACUGUUCUGCCGAGUUGCAAAGACCACGCCAAUGAGACUGACUGUAAAGACGGUCUACUGACGUCACCUUGCCUCAAGAACUUACCAAGGAUGCAAGGUUACCUCUUUAAAAGGACAUCCAACGCAUUCAAGACUUGGAACAGAAGAUGGUUCUAUUUGUACGACAAUCGAUUAGUUUAUAGGAAAAGAACAGGUGAGCUGAAUGUGACUGUGAUGGAAGAGGAUUUACGUUUGUGUACAGUCAAGCCGGUGUUGGAUGGCGAGAGGAGGUUCUGUUUCGAAGUGUUGUCACCUUCCAAAAGUCACAUGCUGCAAGCGGACUCUGAGGAGAUGGUGGGUGCGUGGAUAGCGGCACUUCAGAGUGGUAUCCGCUCCGCCAUACAGCAGGGCCGUGGCCGAGACCCGCCUGACUCACAGCUGGUGCUCGUACCAGACCGCGACCACACACACAACAACCCGCAUGCCAAUGACAGGAUGAAGAAAGUCAGGAUAUGGGAACAGCUACUGAGUAUCCCGGGCAAUAACUAUUGCUGCGACUGCGGCAGCCCGAACCCGCGCUGGGCCAGUAUCAACCUAGGAAUUACACUUUGCAUAGCAUGUUCCGGUGUACAUCGCUCACUCGGCGUACACGUCAGCAAAGUUCGCUCUCUGACACUCGACGAUUGGGAACCUGAUAUUAUUAAGGUAAUGGCGGAGCUGGGUAAUAAAAUAGUGAAUUUAAUAUACGAGGCGAACACAGAGGGCACCGAUCUCACCAGACCUACGCCCAAUUGUGAAACGUCUGUGCGCGAGGCGUGGAUCCGCGCCAAGUACGUGUCACUGUCGUUCGUGCGCAACGUGGCCGCGUGCGAGCGUGCCCCGCCCCACUCUCCGCCCCACUCUCUGCCCCACACACCGCCCCACUCUCCGCCCCAGUCCCCGGCCCCCUCGCCGCCUCCCGCGCGCGCCGCACGACGGUGGUCCGUGAGACGAGCUAGGCGCAGAGUCCGAGCACAGCCGGUUGUACCUGAAACUAUUGCGGAUGAGAAAAGCGAUGUCAACAGUAAUACCAGUGCAUCGGAGAGCGGCAGCAAGAGUUCGGGCAGUCCCGUACUACUGAUCGGCAGCGAGUUGGUCGGCGAGCGCGAUGUCGAUCUCAGUCUACCCUCAGACCACGACUCCACCGAGGGGGAGGACACAGAUGAACUCGAAGCAGAAGAUCUAUCCAACCUGAGUGCGGACGCGGUGCUGUGUCGUGCUGCGCGUGCGCACAACGUGUGCGUGAUGCGCGCCGCACUCGCCGCCGGCGCCACGCCCACCGCCACCGCCGCACGACUGCGCACUGCGCUGCACGCCGCCGUGCUCAGUGGUUCAGUGAUGGCGUGCUCUUUCCUGCUGCUGAACGGCAGUAAGCUGAACUCGCAGGAUGAAGAUGGCAAAACACCGCUGCAUCUUGCCACAGAGGCCGGACACACCGGACAGGUGUGUCUGUUACUUCGGUAUCGUGCGGACCAAUCUAUAAAAGACAACGAGGGUCGCACACCGUUGGACAUCGCGGUGGAGCACGCCAACGCUGACAUUGUCACAUUGUAA